UCGACCGCAGACGUGCGCAUGCUCCGGUGAGUCCCGGAGGUCGCCCAGCGCUGGUGUUUAACCACGUGCGGCGUGAAGUUAAGGGCAUCAUGUUGUGAGGAGAUGGGGGCUGCGGUGACUCGCGCAAUCAGGAAUUUCAACCUAGAGAACCGGGCGGAACGGGAAAUCAGCAGGAUGAAGCCCUCCCCCGCUCCCAGGCACCCGUCCACCAAGAACCUCCUGCGAGAGCAGAUGAGCAGCCAUCCAGAAAUUAAGGGAGAAAUUGCUAGAAAAGAUGACAAACUACUGUCAUUACUAAAAGAUGUGUAUGUUGAUUCCACAGAUCCUGUGUCAUCUGUGCAGGUAAAGGAUGUCGGAACACGUCAGAAGCCAAAGGAGUUCAGGUUGCCGAAGGACCAUCACUCUGACAUGAUGAAUAUUAAGAACAUUCCGAAAGGCAAAAUUUCCAUUUCAGAGGCACUGACACUUCUUAAUAAUCAUAAACUUUUUCCAGAUAAAUGGACUGCUGAGAAAAUAGCUGAAGAAUACCAUCUAGAGCAGCAAGAUGUAAAUUCCCUUCUCAAAUAUUUCGUUACUUUUGAAGUCAAAAUCUUACCCCCUGAAGGCAAGAAAGCAGUACAAUCAAAAUGAAGAGAAUCUUGAAAUUACUUUUCCUUUAUGUACUCCGUGUCCCCAUACCCUGUUUAUUUUCUCAUUUUUAGCAUAUUAAAUUAUAUAAAUUAUCAAAUGUGUUAAGCUCCCUCCUUGUGAGAGCAUGCUAUUUAUUGAACUCUGCUGAAUUUUCAGGAUUGCUGAUAGGAUUAAUUUUGUUCUCUUUUGAACAUUAAUUUGGUUUAGGCAUAUGUUCUUAUGUAAUAGCGUGACUAAUCAGCACAGGUAUAAAUUUAUUAUAAAUAAAAAAGUUACCAUAUUUUAGGCAAA